CGUACGACGACGGUGGGGGUCAGGUGGUCGAACGGGAACGGGUCGGUCGAACGAUCGAAAAGCCCUGCUCCUCGGCUCAGUUGUAGCGCCGACUCCCCGGCAUACACGAGGUCGCGUCGUAGUUUAAAAAGGCACACUCUGUACAAACGUAGACACGCACGCUCUUAUCUUCCGUACCUCCGCCUCGCCUGCCGCCUUCGCCUCGUCUCGCCUUCGCCUACUACUACUACGCCUUCGCCUCCGCCUUCGCCUCCGCCUCGCUACGUAGUGAGCAACAGAUAUUUAACCGUGCACGUUGCCAAGUUAGAAGCGAAGCCCUCCGACCUCGUAGAAAGCGAAAAUGCAGCGUCCGAUCAUCGGUCACUGGAGAAAAAUCCUACUGCUCGUGUAUAGUUUGCCAUUAUUUUCAUACGUGACACUGGCGGAUCACAUGAACGUGCAAUUGAUAGCGCCGCAAUACGUAGAGCUUGGCACCACGGCCACCUUGCUCUGCAACCACACUGUCGCGGAUGACUUGCUGCACAAAAUAGAAUUUACGAAGGACGAGAAGAGGAUAUUUCAGUACAUUAAGGAGAGAAAUCCGCCGUAUAUUUUACAGCACCAUAUCGACGGCGCCAGACUGGAGUAUUCGAAGAACGGUACGACAAUCAAAUUGCACAAUGUGCGUUUUGAAGCUUCCGGUUUUUAUACUUGUGAAGUCACUAUGACAACCCCCAUUUACACUGCAGGCGCUGAUCCCGUACAGAUGAGAGUGAUACAUCCGCAAUCUGAAAUACCUAGGAUUACGUUCAAAAAGAGCGUAUACGUGGUAGGCGAGAGCUUGGAGGCGAAUUGUUCAUCCUCGCCCGCACUUCCAGUUCCUUAUAUAACGUGGUUCAUAAACGGCGAAGAGGUGGAUGUUGCCCUAGUGACUCAUUUUCCGCAUAAAUACCAUACAAAUCAUCUGAUGUCCGCCACCGCCGGGCUGAAAGUGGAGGUUUCCGCAUUGCACGCUGGCGAGAACGGACAUCUAGAAAUCAGCUGUCGCGCAACGAUACCCGAUUUUCCCAUGCAGUACGAACAAUUUGCUGAUAUUAAGACAAAGACGGUGUCGGUGGAAAUCAUACCAGCGCCGGAUGUGAUGUCUUCCGCGGCGAUUCUCAUACGAGAACUAACGCUGCUUACGAUAUUGUGCAUACUGAGCGCGAUGCACGAGUUUAUUCCUUAAUAAAAGUCAAUUGCUUUAGGAUAAUUCGGCUGUAACAUAUCUAAUCGUAAGGAUAUUAAGGCGAUGAACAUAAGAUCGAACAAUCACAAUGUCUUCCUUCGAUAUAUCGAAAUACACGGGGGCAGCAGUUUUAUUGUCUUUGCAGAAGUUUUGUAAACUCAUAGACGCGGCUUCUUCGUGCGCAAACUAUUUUCGAUUAUUGCUUAUAACGAGCGUCGUCUGUCUCGCGAAAACAUAUCAAUCCCAUUGUCAUGUGAGAAACAAAUGUCCGAAUAUUCGGCAAGGUGUGUCGGAAAGCUAUGUCUCUUCCUUCGAUACUGUAUUCUAAUCCAUUUACAUAUCACGUAAAAUUAUUCAAAUUCUAAUAUUGAAUUUUGAAAAUUAUUGUCUGGAAAUAUUAAAGCAGAGGAAAUAGGAAAAAUACGCGAAGAUAUUUAUUUUUGUUGUAUCGCAGAACAUCUUCGAUAUGUAAUACAUAAUGUACAUAUUGUUGCAUUAGUUAACGUGUCUUUGAAACAAAACAGAGUUUAUUGCAGUUUAAGGUAAAACGUGGUUUUAUUGUUGAAUAUAUGAGAAUUUAAUCUAUAUUAAUGUUAUCGAGAUAUUAUAUGACCUAUAUGUUACAAAUUGUAAUUGAUAUUUUACUUUAAAAAACGAUAUGGUUUUCCGAUACGCAUUAAUAUAACAUUUCAUCUAGUCUCGCCUCGCCGCUGGAGAAAUACAAUGUUUUUUAAGCUGGCAAAUACGUUCUUGUUAUUGCGCGCACAUUUUUAUAAAAACUGUACAAAAAAAUUCGCGACCGUAAAAAAACACUUUAAUGUCAGUCGAAUCGGGUUAAUAGAUUUUUCCCUUUUGGGAUGAUAUCCGAUUCUUCAAUAGCAAUGUUCCAUUUCUCAGAUUUCUGAUUGAUUUGUCUCUUUCUACAAUAUUUUUCACGUCACUCAACCCAUUAGGAUCGCGGUAAAAAAAAAAAAGUAAUUUUAAUUUAAUUUGCAAUAGAUGCAAAAUGGUCCUUUGUUAAUAUUUUACGCCCCGUUUCAUGAUAACAUUUCGUGAUAACGUACACAGUGAUGAGAUCAAUUUUCUCGACAAUAAUCUAGAGAAGCGACAACUUUUUCCGCGUAUAAUAGGACAUAGACUAGAGGAAAUGUUCAGCGUCAUUUCCCGUAAUUCGGAGCUUAGCGCUCCGUAGGAAACAUUAUAUACACAGGAAAUUCAAAACAAGAGUGGCGUAAGUUAAAUUAUUACGUGUAAAGUGCUCGGAUUUUGGCACGUAUCAGAAUAUCUCUCUGAAUUGUCUUUUAUUUCAAAUUAUCGUUUUAAUAAAUGACGUAACAAUAUAACGAGUUGCAAAUAGAGGAAGAUACUAUUACCAGUACUGAUUGACCAGUACUACUUUGUUUUUGAAUUGACCUAGUAAUGUAGGAAACAAUUAUAAAAUAAAAGAAGCAAAUUUACCAGUUUUAUUAAUAUUAUUAAUAAUUUACAAUUGUUUAAAUUAUUACAAUUUCCACAAAAAAUCGUGCUAAUUUUAUUCUCGCUUUCCAAGAAUUCGUUUUUAGCAGAUUUUAUAUAGAAAAAAGCCAUGGAUGUAUGAACCAAGAGAUUGUGUCGUUUACAUUUCAAAAUUAUGUUUACACGGAUUAUUUACAUAUUGUUUGCGUUAUGUUUACACAAAUCUUUUUCAUGUAGACAAUACAGGCAACGUAAAUUAUUAUAAAUUGGAUAAUAUAUUUUAUGUGUAAACGCUGGUAUGAACUAUGGGUUUUUAUCUCUUUAAUUAUUUAAACAGAUCGUAUUUUUAUCAGUGCAAGGAUCAGUGCAAUAUUUAAUUUAGGGAAAUAAAGAGAUGCCGUUUUAGGAAAUUUAUGUCAGUAUUAGCGAUCUUCCUCUUUCAAUAAAUUACGUAACGCUCUAAUGAGCUGCAAAUACCACAAAAACGUUCACUUAAGCCAUUAAUGUUUUCGAUUCUUGGUUUUCACGUGCUAUAACGGGUUGAGGGAUAUCGAUGAAACGGGAUGUACGAUGUACAAUCAGUAUUAUAUUACGACUUCCUUCAGUGUGGUUUAAAGAGGCAAGCUUAAAAAACACCGCGACAGCGGCUAGGCAUUUUAGAGAACUGCGAGAAACUAGAGAUAACUAGAGACACUCGAGUCAGAGUCUGAUCAAUAUCUGAUCGAUCACUAUUAAAUGUAACGACUAAGCACGAUUUCUUUGCUCUGACUUUACCAAUGUACAAUCUGACCUUAUUACUUAUCUACUCGUAAUUUGAGAGAUAGUGCACUCUAUUGAUCUUAUUGAGGUCGAUCGAGAGACUCGGCGAACUGAUUCGAUCAAACUCUGACUCAACCAUCUGUAGAAGUAGCGAUUACGGCCGUCGUGCUUGCGGCCAAACUUUUUGGAACACUGUUGGGCGCGUUGAUCCGUCGACACGACAACGUGACUUUGACGGGAUUUAAAAGACUUGAUGCGAUACCAUUGCCGAGCGGUUCCGUUGACGACCACAAUGCGUGGGAUUAUCUCUUGUCUGUGUACAGACACAUCUCUCUCCGCUAAAAAGAAAUCAUAAUCCUCCGCUGUCGGUACUCGUACUAAAUACCAGCAACCUUUAAACAGCCAUAUUGGCUAUAGCGUAAGUGUGUUAGUAUGACUACCUAAGCUGGUGGUGCACUUUGGAACACUAAAAGGAUUAUGCCGGUGAACGUUUAUGCUAGAGUGAACGCGAACGAUGCUUUCCGAGGCUUUAGAGUACUAAUCUAAUCUUGAUUAUUAGGAUAAUCAAAGAGAAACGUUAUCAUCGUCUCCAGUUAGACGACUAAUCUAAAAAGUUUUGAUAGCUUCACAGAUCCAAUUUUACGAACGUAAGUCUGUAGCUAACGUUACGACUAGAGGUACUCGCGCGCGAUCGAAUUCGGUUACAAUUAAUGUAAAGAUUAAUAAAAAAAAAAAAAUGGCAGAUUACUAAACGGUAAAUUAAUUGUCAUAGCUAGAGGAAAGUGGAAACGUAGGGAACAAACAUUGACUACGUAGUGCUUUAUAGAGGUAAAAAGUAUAUUUAUGAUUAAUGAAUUUUUAUGCGUAUUUCAGAUUGUGCAACGAUUUGCUAAAAUCAAGAUAACACAUCGUAAUCGCGUGCAAAUUCUUACAUGCUUUCAAACUUGCAACAAAUAUACUACUUUUUUAAUUUUUAUUGUAUUUAUAUAUGAGACGUAAGAACCAAAUAUUGGUCGUCUAUAAGCGAAGUUUGAAAGCUUAGUAAUGAUAUUUUAAUUGAGAAGUGCCUUUUUCAUAUUAUCCGCAGAUUAGAAAAUAUCUUGGGCAGAUUUUUAUAGUCUGCUGGCGACGCGCUUCGCCUGGAAAGCAAAAUCGCAAACAACUGAGAAUUUAAUAUAGAAAAGAAGUCGCCUUUUUUAACGAUCUCUCUCUCUUUCUCUCUCUCUCUUAUUCUAAUAAAGCUAUUCUUAGUCGUUUCAGCGUUCAUUCUAGCCUGUUAAAACUCGAGAUUUAAUAUAUUGCAAAAUUUAUAGCAGUUUGCUGUUUCUAGCUGAACCUUUCACAUGGUACGAUUUCACGAGCCACUCGUAACAGAGCCGUUUGAACGACAAAAAGGAUUACGCGAUGACUUUUGUCGUAGAAUUAUUCCAGCGACAAAUGCUGUACGUGAAGUAAAAAAAUAGUAGUGGAAAUUGUUCAAACUAGAAAAUUUCACAGCCGCUGGAAUAAGAAUGACAAAGCUGUCGCUUCAAUUGCUUGUUUUAACAGCGCGUGAAAUUGUAUCUUAUAGAAUUGAUUUUGAAGUUUGCCGGAAAAGGGUAAAGAUUAUAUAUGGAGUACUUCACGCCAAUCAAUACAUUCACACAGUACUACGCACGUAAAAGUCUACUUUUAUCUUUCGUGGAAAUAUAUUACGUUACACUGCUAUGUGCGCUCUCCAUGCAGAGCGGUAGCACUGAUUGUGAGAAAAAAAUAUUUAAAAAAUAUUUGUGAUUAUAGUUGAAUGUUAUAGAUAAUUAUGGUUACGAGUUUCAUUUUUAUAUUGUAGUUAUUGCUAUAAUGUUAAUAGUAAUGUGUUACACUAAAAAUGUAAAAAGAAACGUGAAAAAAAUGGUUGCAAUUUAAUUUAAAUACAAUUGGAACAAAAAAUGAUUGCAAUCGUUUUUGGUGCCGACUGUAUUUCAAUUAUGAUAAUUGCAAUAUCUUUUUUGUCAGUGUAACACAUUAUAUGUUAUUAUUAUUACCCAGUACGCAAGAGACAUUAAAAUAACAUUUAGAAAUGUUGAUUUUACUUUUAAACAUUUGAAAAUAAUAUUGUACGAACGUUUGAAAAAGAUUAUUUGAUAUACGAUUUUUUCCGAAACUUUGUUGAAUGUUUUAAAAACAUUACUUCCGAGUCAUGGUCAAAGUUUUCGUUUAUACUGAUGCUGUAUACAAUAUUAAAUAGGAUUAUACCUGGAAACAUUUCAUGGAAUAUUGUUGUAAUAACAUGGUAGUAAUGAUUUUAUGCUUACUACGACUAACUAACCACCAGCUAACAUUAUAACAAUAAUAACUGCAAACACGAAGAACGUAAUUCUAAAUAAAAUUAUUUUACAUUUAAUUGUAGUCACACAUAUAUAAAAUAUUUUUCUCUCAAUAAACGUUUCUUUGAAACGUCACGAUAAUUUAUUUAUCUCUAUCUCGAGCGUUACGGGAUAGGUAAAGAAAGGUGCAGAAGGCUAGAGAGAGCAGGCCUGGUAUAAAUUAGCGGAAAAACAAAAGUCAACAGAGCGUGGGGCACAGAAAAUGGAGGAUCCCGCUAAACCUUUACGAUGGCUCGCACGCGAGCCAUGAUGCUCAUCGCGGUUGUGGUCGUCCUAAUACCGUGUAUCUGUCCGAUUUCCCUGGUGACCCUGGUCAAAACGACCACGACGUCGUGGAAGUCCGCGACCGACGAGGCGGCGGUGCGCAUCGUCGGCGGGGAGAUCACCAGCAUCAAGAAUUACCCGUUCAUCGUAAUACGUGCAACGCGCCCAUUUCUUUCACGCACACAGGCCCCUUAACCCUUCGCCUUUGCAAAGGACAUCGGUACCAUCUCUCACAUUUCGCGGAUGUGCGUAUUGUGUCGCGACGACUCUAACGUCAAAGACGUGGAAGUAACGCGAAGUGUAAUGUGCAAGGUUGUGGAUGGUUUUAUCAACAAUCUCUCUGUCUCCGGGAGUUGACGUAGCGAGUUGUUUAACGAUUCAACGCAAAGAAAGAGAACAACUCAUAAAUUAUUUUUUGACGGGCACUCCUUCAUAGAAUCAGAUUGUUUCAAGAGUAGCUCAAAAUAAAAUUGUUAUGACGAUGACGUGCGAAAUGAAGUUUUGACUGACGUAUCUUGCAAUUUACGCUCACCCCGAAUAAAUUCGCGUGUAGGACCAACUCGGAUUAGAGAUAUCGGUUUUAUUAAAAUAGACCGUGUUGUGCAACUUGCAAAUCUUCGUAUGUGCGAUGGAUACUGAGGGUAUACCGAUGUACUUUAAAUGCUCGUGCCAAUCUAAUUUUUGAAUGCUCUCGAGACAGCCGGAAAUCUCAAUUUCCAUAUAAUCGAGCGUCAUUUAGAGAAAUAUGAUUCUAGGCCGAAUAAAAUGGAACAAAGUAUAUUGCUUUGUUCAAAUUUUUACAGGAAUGGAAACGAUAAAAUCAAACGUGUUUGCUAAAUUUGAAUCGAUGGAUAAUUUUGAUCAUCAGUUCCAAGUAUGGAUAUCUACACUGGUAAUCAGUGAUUAUUUAAAAAUCAAUGAAUUUGUUGUAUAUUUAUCAGUAUUGGAGUGUAUUAAUACACUGAUCAAUAAGACCUUUUCAAUAAUUACCAGUAACUUUUUAUUGAUCUUUAGAUUAACAUAAUACUGAUUAAUCAGCCUCAAGUAUACCACUGGUUAAUCAGUCAUCAUUACUUAUUGAUUCAGAUUUAGAGAGUGUACACGAGAUUUUACGAAAGAUUCUUUUUCAAAGACUUAGCGUGAUUUAGCAAGUGGGAGAUAAAUGUAACAAAAGAUGUUAAAGUAGGAAAAAAUUACUGGUGAAAUUGAGCUUCAACUGAUCUCGAAUGUGCUGGCAUUCGUCCGAGCUAGGGGCGCAAGGGUUAAGGUGGCAACCGACUCGACUCGGACUCGGCGAAUCCGAAUUUUUCAAAGUCAAUUCCUCUUAGGUCUCGGUGCAGCGCCGACCCUAUAGCCACUCGUGCGGAGGCACUUAUGUCGCCUGUAGGUUCGUCCUGUCGGCCGCCCAUUGUAUGGUCAGGUGCGUGUCACAAGACUGCGUUUCGCAUUUUGCGCUAUGUCUGUCGCGGAGGGUGGUGUAGUCUCUUUCUCUCUAGCCGGGGCUUUAGCACUUUGUUCGCCCUACUAUAUGUGUAUACCCCUCGUCUCUUUCAACACGCAAUCUUCAUUCUUUGGACGUAUGAAAUGUUUGAGCAAAGGGGGAGAAUUUGAAAUUCGGGAGAGAGAGCCAGGGAUUUGGGAAGAUUGCGUUCCAAGAUUAAGAUACCAGCUCUCUCGAUUCACGGGGUGAAAAAUGAGCGAAGAUAUUUUUGCGUGAGAUUUUCGUGGUAUAAGAACACGUGGACUCUCUAAAGGUCUCAGUAAUACGCGACACUCCUCGAGCUUGAUUGUUCUUUAAAUGUUAACUGUGAUCUUUUUAAUUUAGUGUCAUUAAGGUGUCGAUCACACUCUUGCUUAUUUGCUUAUAAAUUAUAUGUAUAAAAGUGUAUAUAUAAAAGUUAUUCGUUCUACAGGCUUCCGUGGCCAAUUAUGAUUAGGAAACACUGCCAUAUCGUACAGCGAAUUUAUCUUUUCACAUGUUUUUCUGUGAUAUAUUUAGCACGUGAAUUCGAACAAAUUGAUAUAUAAUACAUUUGCGUUGUUGUAACAAUAUUGAUUUUUGAUAACGUCAUUUUUUUUUUUUUUUUUAAUGCCUUACAUUAGAAUCUUUAAACUUAUUGUUAGAUGAAACUACAUAUAUACGCUGUAUAUACGUACUGGAAUUUUCAAGUUUAAAUUUCCCUUUUUUCUUCAAUUCUAAUUUACUUUAUAAUUAGAAUGUGGAAAGAACUUCGAAAGAAGUACAAGGCAUCUAUCUCUUUUGAGCUGUACAAAAUUACGUAAGUUCUAGAUAUACAUUUUAAGCUCUCUGAAAAUAAAAAAUUUAAAUUACUUUUCUUAGAUACUCUUCUUAAAUUACUUUUUCUUAGAGAUUUAAAUUAAAUCUCUCUAUUUAAAUUUUAUAAAUGAAGAAUAUCAAACAAAAUCCAUUACAUCCAAUAACAAGAACGUUUCACAUAACAUGUAUUUUUGUCGCUUGCUUUUAAUAUUUAGAGCAUGUUCUCAUACGUUCUCAAAUUUUCGUAGACAAGUUUUAUUUUAUAUCUUUCGCUUUCACUUGCAACUUUUCGAGAAAUUGAAAAGCUCUCAGCUUUCGGUACGAUUAAUCUUUAAAUACGAAACUAUGUGAUCUAAAUCUUUUUAUAGAUUUAAAGUAAAUUUUGCGAGAUAAAAAGAUCACGGAGAAAAAUUGCUGGCUAAAAUAUAAAUUAGACAUCGCGAUAUAUUCUUGGGAAUAUAAUUAUCUAUUUGUAAAGCGAAUUGAAUGCCCUGGUAAGACAUUUUAGGAUUACACCACAUUACAUGAGAUAUUAGUGGCCGUGUUUAACCUCCUUGCUACUGCAGAGAUGUAUGUAACGUGUUCGUUCACGAGAAAAGCAAGGCUUGUGUUUGAUGUAAUGACGUGUCUUGUAAGAUGUAAAUCGCUUCCAUUUGUGAGAAACCGAACAGGUCGGCAGAUUAAAAUUUACAGUAAUCUAGUUUGGAAACGUGUUGUAUUAUAUAUAUUUCGAGAGUGAGUAUAUCUCUCAGUGUAAAAGAGAUAUUUACAUCUACACAAUUCUAUAUAAAAUAUUUAUUAAAUAUCGCAGAGUGAUGUAUCUGAACAGCAGUUCUGUAAUGUUUAAGUCCCGAAUACAUAUUCGGUAGGCAAUUUAUAUCGCGUAUACGAAAUAUACGUGGGACAUUCGGACUUAUAUUUUCGCUACUGAAGGCAAUCCUCCUUUGGACUAUACAGCAACAGGGUGAACAGGAUUAGAAGACGACGGAAUUGGGGGCGAUGACAACGAUCGGGUAUAAGAAUAACUGCCUGUUGACAGCUGGCGUAUUCAAUUAUAGAGUGAAUCUUGUCUCGCCUCUUUCGUCUCGUUCACCCCUCCAUAAUUGUACCUUAUUUGUUUCUGACUGUGAGUAGUGAUGUGCUGUCUAGCGUAUAUAUUUCACGAGUAAGGAGAAGGUUAGCGAUGCUAGAUCCUAAGGCAAUGAUAUCUGUCGCGGUAUCUAUCUGUGUAUCGAUUAGCUGUGUACUAGCGAUGAGAUAUACUACUACUCGCGUGAACGUAGUUUCUGUUUUACGUGUCAAGCUCGGCCGCUCGUGAUUGUAGGGGAAAUUGGGACGCAAUUAGAUGGACGUACGCUCGUUUACACGACAAGCUACGUAAAAUAUUAAAGGACGAGUGAUUUAAAGGGAACGACACAAAUUCAAGGAGAGUAUAGCAAUCAAGCUGAAACGACAGUAAUGAACAUACUUUCCCUGAAUACUGCUUCCCUCUUUCGUACACAUACAUACAUCAAUUUGAUACGAUAAAGGUAUUGAUUACCAAACAGAAUAUUUUGUUUCCAUGUUUAUAUUAAACAUAUUUUAAUUUGAUUUGAAUAUUUGCGCUCGUUUCUUGACCCAUAAAUCUCGCAUAACAAUUUUUGUUUUACGAUCAAUUUUGCUAUCUUUAGUUCUUUCUUCAGUUAUUAGUUUUAGGAAUAGAUAAAAGAUAUCAAUUUAUUUCAUUUUUCACUUGUCUAACUUGAUCAAAAAUUUAAUCUUGUUAUUUGUUUAUUAUUUACGAUUAAUAUAGAUCAAGUUUUUCCACAAUAUUUUGCUUAUAAAAAAAAAGAAAUCGCUUAUAUUGUUUAAGAUUUCUUCUUUAAGAAAAAAAUCUUGUUUUUUUUUAAUUUCAUGAAUAUUAAAUUCUUUUUCUUCUCUAAAUUCUUUUUUAAAUUGUGUAUUCAACAACGUGCAGAAAAAAGGUAUCGUGAAUUCCACGAUAUCAUUCCAGAAGAAAAGAGUUCCGUCAUUACACGUCCGAUUGCGUCCCACUUUUCUCCACCGCUCCGAUGUUUAGGCGAAAAAUAAAACCAAGGUGUAUAAUUAACUCGUUGUUUAAAGACGGUUGUUCCACGACACGUGGGAAGCGGAGAAUCCACGCCUCUUUUACGUGAUCGCUGGCGCGACCUACGUGUAUUUACCAAGCUGGAGUUCCAUGCAAGUGGAAUUGGUAGACAAGACAUUGCCGCACGCAGAAUUUCGAUUCUCGGACAUGCGAAACGAUAUUGGAUUGUUCAGGGUGACUGUUUAUGCCGUGUAUAUAUUUCUGUGUCGAUAAUAAAAAAAACAAACCUUGUAAAU